AUGGGAAACAAGAUGGCGGGAUGGAUUUCCGCGUACACUGGUUUUGCAGGCAAUCUUGUUCGCUUGCCAACGGUGGAACAACUCUCUCCGCGUGUCUUACGCAUCCUGGGAUGUAAUCCUAGCCCCAUGACGCUCCAAGGAACAAAUACCUAUCUUGUCGGGACAGGAAAAAGUCGAGUAUUGAUUGACACAGGAAGUGGUGGUUCAACUGAAUACAUAGCUAAACUCAAAGAAGUAUUAUCAGAAAGUCGGUCUAGUAUUCAAGAGAUUCUCGUCACACAUUGGCACCCAGAUCAUGUGGGAGGAGUUGUUGAUGUUCUUAAGUGCUUAGAUAAUUCAGGUCAUGUGAAAAUUUCAAAGCUUCCACAAGAGGGUGUUGCUGAAGAGAUCAGUGGCACUACUGAGCAUAGGUACAAUUACCUCAAAGAUGGAGAUGAAAUUGUGACAGAAGGAGCAACAUUAAAAGUUUUUCACACCCCUGGUCAUACUACAGACCACAUGAUACUUUAUCUGAAAGAAGAAAAUGCUGUCUUUUCAGGAGACUGUAUCUUGGGUCAAGGUACCACUGUAUUCGAAGAUCUUUACACCUACAUGAAAUCCCUAGAAGUCAUCUUGAACUUGUCUCCAGAUCUUAUCUACCCUGGGCAUGGUCCAGUUAUAGAGGAAGGUGUAACAAAAGUCAAGGAGUAUAUUGAACACAGAAAUGCAAGAGAAAAACAGAUCCUUCAAGCCAUGGGAGAAAGCUUGGAAAAUCCAGUGACUGCAAUGGACAUUGUAAAGAAAGUUUAUGUUGAAACUCCAUGGCACCUUCACAGAGCAGCUGAAAACAAUGUCAACCAUCAUCUAACAAAACUGGAAAAAGAAGGAAAAGUUUACUCAAUUGAGUCAAGCAGUGGGAAAAGAUGGAAGAGCUCUCUGUAAACCUGUUCCGUUGAAAAGAAAAUCAAGUCUGCCUCUUGACAUUUAGUGGCAAAAAAUGGAUUUCUGCACUGAUUCAAGUCAAUCCUAAUUUUAGUCAGGCCAGAUCUCCAGAGAGAAGCUCUAUGGUCUGUUGAUUGCUCAGGCCCUCUCUUCUCUUUUGACAGUGAAAGCAGACAUA